CAAGCCUGCCCGAUGGUUCAGCACAGUUCACUAACAGUCCUAGACUCCAACGAAUCUAGGAGGUUACCAAGAGCAGUUUUUCUCAACCAACAGGGACCGAGAAUCGCAUAAAAUCAUCAUGAAGGCAUUUAUUGUGGCAGCUCUCUUCGUUGUGGCGUGCACAGCCACCCCCUACGCUGGCCUGUCAUCCCAGUACCACACGCAGGAUGGCCAUGGCAACUACGCCUACGGCUAUGCGGACCCCAACUCCCAGAAGCACGAGGAGUCCUCCCAUGGUUUCACCCGCGGUGCCUACAGCUACGUUGAUGGACAUGGAAUCCUCCAGUCCGUCCACUACACCGCCGAUCCUCACCAUGGUUUCCAAGUUGCCGCCACAAAUCUGCCCAAGGGACCAGCUCCCGCUCUGUACCACGCCCCUGCUCACCACGUCUACGCCGGCCCAUGGGUGCACGCCGGACUCGGCUACCAGGGUGGUCCCCUCGAGACCCCUGAGGUUGCUCACGCCAAGGCUGCCCACUUCGCCGCCCAUGCCGCUGCCCGCUCUGGCCUCCACCACCUGUACAAGCGCUCUGCCCACUGGGGAGGAUACCACGUGCCCGUGAUCCACAACGGAGUGCCCGUUGAGACCCCUGAAGUGCAGGCUGCCAAGGCUGAACACGCUGCCGCCCAUGCCAAGGUUGGAGGACACUACGCCUACGCCCCAGUCCAUCACGGAGGAUAUGCCCCACUCGCUCCCAACGGUGUUGUCCUGGAUACCCCCGAAAUCGCCGCCGCCAAGGCUGCCCACUUCGCCGCUCACGCCGCUGCUGGUGGUCACGCUUACGCCCCCGCUCACUAUGCCGCUUCUCACCACCAUGCCGGACCCGUGGACACACCCGAGGUGCAGCACGCUAAGGCCCUCCACUUCGCCGCCGUGGCCGAGGCCCAGAGCAAGUCCGGAUACAGCCACGAUGAUGGUCACUACGAUGGUCACUACGAUGGCCGCUGGGACGAUGGACACUACGAUGGUCGCUGGGAUGGACACCACGGUGCCUGGACGCACGCCGCCGCUGCCCACCAUGUGCCCGUGAUCCACAAUGGUGUCCCCGUUGAGACUCCUGAGGUGCAGCACGCCAAGGCGGCGCAUUAUGCCGCCCACGCCGAAGCCUCGGCGCGUGCCUACCAUCACUAAGGUGCACCUUAGAUAACUGCUGAGCUGUCGGACGAAGAGUUUCCACCAAGCCCUGGGAAGCUUCGCCACCAAAAA